CAGUGGCAUCAGUGCACUAGUAUAUGUUCUGUGAGUGCAUCACUGACUUUUCUACGCAUACCUAUCUAUGUCUACGCGCCUGUUCGCACCUCCUUGGCUUGCCUCUUUGUGGCUUUGUGGCUGUGUGACUCAAUAACACGGUAUUCGAUAAUGACAUUAGCGAUACAUGCGAUAUCUACGUCUCGCUCCAUCUCGCUUGCAGAGUGAUUGCCCAAGAUUCGUCCACGCCAAGAGCGAAUUCGAAAAGCGCAUUCCCAACCGAAUUCGUCCAUCCGAUUUUCUCGACUCAAAAUUCCAGAAAAUCCUCUACUGUGAUGUCAACGUGAGAGAACGAUUGUAUUUGUAAUAUCUCAAAGACGUUAGCAAAUCGGACAACAACAAAGAUUAAGUACGCACGCAGCCUUUUCACUGUCGAAAGCAGACGCAAUGAUGGAUACAGAUCCGCCGGAAUUUCUGUCGAAAGACGAUGAGAUUCAAUAUUGGAUGGAUCUUGCGAACCAACUACUUCAAAGGAAAGAUGAUGUUGAGAGAGAACUAGAAGAAUUUCAAGAGAAUUCGCAGAUGCUGGAAAAAGAGUUGGAGACCUCUUUGGAACAAGCAGAAAAAACAAAUAGAGAAUUGAGGCAGAGAAAUACGAGACUUGCCACAGAAGUCGAACAAUUGAGAACACGACUAGAUCAACAGUCUGCGGAUUGCGCCAUGUUCCAAGGAAAGGCACAGGAUUUACAGCAACAACACGAGCACUUACUCAAGUAUAUUAGAGAACUCGAACAAAAGAAUGACGAUUUGGAAAGAGCACACAGGAUAAAUAGGGUUACAGAAGAAGAAAUAGAAGCUAAGUUUAAUUUAGCUAUAGAAAAGAAUGCCUUGCUCGAAUCCGAACUCGAUGAAAAAGAAGGCCUAAAAGUCAUAGUGCAAAGAUUAAUGGACGAAGUUAGAGAUUUGAAGCAGGAGAUACAAGUACAUGAAAGACAUCACGCCGACAAUAACAAGUCUGUUGAAAGAGUUCGUAGUAUCGUUGAUAGUAAUAAGCUACAGGCUGAAUUGGAGUCGAAUUCACCCGCUAGCCAAAUAGUCUCACAAACCAUACCUCAGAAUAAUACGACGACUUCACCGAUAAAAAUUGGACACGGGAUGGUAGGAGGUGUUAUUGGGAAUAACAAUAACAAUAUGAGCCAACCAUUACCACCCUGCACUAGAAUACUAGCAAUGAACAUGAUCGGUGACCUUAUGCGAAAAGUUGGGGCGUUGGAGAACAAGCUGAACACGUGCAGAAAUGCGUUCCGAGAAGAUCAAGUUCGCGAUCUCUACAGAGCUAGACGACAGGUCCGAAGCCCAGCCACAGGAAACAACAACCACAUUCGAUUAUAAGCGAAUUUAAUGGAAAGGACAUAAUGUUGCAGCGAUCAUAUGUUCGCACGUCCCGUUGUGAUCCCAAUAUUAGUUGGAAAUUUCUUUGACGGACUUCUGUUCAAGUUUCAUUAAGUUAACUGGAGAGAGAGAGAGAGAGAGAGAGAGAGAGAGAGAGAGAGAGAGAGUUCACGCAAGAUUGAAAGGCAUCGCCAUGUUUCAACGUGAAAAAAUCGUUUUUGAUUUACGGGGACAUGAGAUGAUAUAGAUUCUUAUAUAUAUUUCUCUCGACUGUGUAUGGAUUUUCCCAAUAGCGGUGUUCCAUAUUGCCUCGACAACAUUUGUCGCGAUAUCUUGCUAGAAAACAUCGCACAGGAUAAUUAUAGUGGCAAGUCGAUGAUUCAUCGCUGUAAAAAUUAUCCGUUUGCUCCAAGUAUGAGAUAGGUGUCGAAUGUUUGCUGUAAUUAUUGCGAGCGAUAUUUUUUUAACAAUAUCGACAAACGUCAUUAACAGAAAAUAUGACAACGUUAUCCAGCCGUACUAAUAAUAUAGUCCGUUUUUUUCCACACAAGUAAAAGAUAUAUUUUAUUAUUAAAAAAAAAAAAAAAUAGGAAGCCUAGUGAUUGCAAA